CAUAGUCACAGAACAUAUAGUACGAUAGAACCUUGUUGACUGAAGGAAUGCUGAUUUUUUAAUUACUUUCUUUAUGUGAAAAAGAAAGUGGCAACAGAAAUGACUCAUCUUAUUAGGAUUCUGUAUUAUAUUUUGUAAUUGGAGAAGUGUAUCAUUUCCUCUAGUAUUGCUACUUACAAAAAUUCAAAAAUGGUUGGAAAAAUAGAGUUGCAAGAUUGCCUUCGAGAUUCCCCAAAGUUUAGGAGUUUGUUGGAGGAGGAAGAAUCCAGCAUUGAUCAACUUGAGAACAAAUUGGAAAAAAUCCUUAAAGUUUGUGGGAGCAUGGUUGAUGCUGGAAAAACAUAUGUGGGACAACAAAGUCUCUUUGCCAAUAGCUUGUGGGAUUUGAGUACCCAUUUCAAAGAGGAUCCAAUGGUAUUAUCGUCUUUAAAUAAAUUAAUCCACAGCUUACAAGAAAUGAACAAGUUUCACACUAUUUUGUUGGAUCAGGCAUCUCGAACAGUUUUGAAGAAUCUCACAUCAUUCCUGAAAAAUGAUAUCAAGAAAGUACGUGACUAUAAGCAACAUUUUGAAAAAAUAUCGUCCGAGUAUGACAGUGUCCUCGCACGUAACUCUCACACUCCCAGGAGUAAACAUCAAGAGGUAGAAGAAGUCCAAAAUAUUUUGGUUGCUGUUAGAUCGUGCUUUGGUCACCAAACUUUGGAUUAUGUAAAUAGCAUAAGCGUUUUGCAGGCAAAGAAAAGACAUGAAAUUUUAAGUACCCUCCUAUCGUAUCUGCAUGCUUGUUCAACUUACUAUCAUCAAGGUUCAGACUUAUGUGCAGAUUUGGAACCAUUUUCCAAAACUUUGGCGGAUGAAAUAGCAGUUAUGAGAGAUGAGACAUACAAGAUUCAGAAAGAACUGGAAAAUACACAUGCUAUAGUAUCAAAUAUCGAACCGAUAUCGAUGAAAAAUGAAAAAAAUUCCCCUUCUAUGGAAGGAUACCUGUUCAAAAGGACUUCAAAUGCAUUCAAAACUUGGAAUAGAAGGUGGUUUUAUCUUUAUGACAAUAAGUUGGUUUACAGAAAAAGGUCUGGAGAAGAGCACGAAACUGUUAUGGAGGAUGACUUGAGAAUAUGUACCGUUAAACCAGUGUUGGAUGGGGAGAGACGUUUCUGUUUUGAGGUUUUGUCACCUUCCAAAAGUCACAUGUUACAAGCCGAUUCCAAAGAAAUGUACGACUGCUGGGUCACAGCUCUGCAAAAGGGUAUUGGGGCAGCAAUUCAGAGGGUUCAAAGUAUCGAUUUCGAUCAGACCAAAAAGCUCGCUAGCAACUUCAUCAGAUAUUCCGAUUAUAUUUCCGAUAGGAAUCGGAGUGGGCACGUAUCCGGUGAUAAUAAUAAUCGUACCAAAAAGAGGAUGUGGGAACAGUUGUUGAAGAUUCCUGGUAACAACUUUUGCUGUGAUUGUGGAAGCCCCAAUCCUAGGUGGGCUAGCAUUAAUUUAGGAAUUACGUUGUGUAUUGAAUGUUCAGGAGUUCAUAGGAGUUUAGGGGUACAUUACACUAAAGUGAGAUCACUAACUUUAGAUGAUUGGGAACCAGAAAUUAUCAAAGUGAUGGUGGAAUUGGGUAAUACCGUAGUGAAUAAAAUUUAUGAAGCAAACUUGCCUGAAGAUGUAUCCAGACCCUCGGAGCAAUGUCUUGGGGCAGUGAGGGAGUCUUUCAUUAAAGCAAAGUAUGUCGAUAAAAAGUAUGUCAAAUCGCUACCACAAUUCAACAAAACCUCUCCAUCGUCGAAUAGAACUUCCAGGUUGAGUUUAAUGGAAGUUCGAAAGUGGAGCGUGAGAAAAAUAAGGCGGAGGCCGAAAAGUUGCGAUAAAAGGGAUAGGAAGGUUGUGAAAACUGAGGAAGCGAAAGCGAAAGUUGACAAUAUAUCUGAGAGCCUAGAAAGUAGCAGCAGCAGUGGAAAGGACGAAGACACCAACAGUGAAUCAUCAAAAAGGAAUAGUUUGAGAAAACGCGGCAGUGUACUGCUUUUCGGUAAUGAUUUCGAUAAGCAGCCGAUUGAAGGAGCUAUAGAGUUCAGCAGCGAUCAGGAAUCUACAGGGGGAGAGGACAACAAUGAAAGUGUUGGAAUACCAUGGAAACAAAUAAAGGGAUCCGUGAUGCCUUGUGCGUACCUCUUAUUAAAUGGUGCAAAAAUUAAUGCUCAAGAUCAGAGCGGAAAAACGCCUCUCCUUCUGGCCACGAUGGAGGGCCAUACGGCGCAAGUUUGUUUAUUUUUGAAGCACAGAGCUGACCAAUAUCUUGAAGAUGAUGAAGGGAAGGUGCCGUUGUCUGUCGCCGAACAAAAAGAAAAUGCAGAUAUUGUUACUCUAUUGAGAUUAGGAAGAUUAAAUGAAGAAAUAAGAGAUUCCGAUGAACUGGGAGUUACAGGGGACGAUACAUUCAACGACGUCGUGAGAGAUUUUUCCAGGCUAGCUUGUUCCAACCCUGAAAAGUUACAGAGGCCGAAAGCUGAAGAGGAAUAACUAUUGUUUUUGUUGAGAUUUAUUAAUGUACUGAGAAUACGAAUCAUGCCAACCACUAGGUUAAGUAAGGUGAGCCAAAAAAAUUUGAAUCGUUUGAUGCUUACAUGAAAUUAUAUGAGAUAGAACUUUAUACUCUCUCAUUCUGGAAAGAAUGCGUUAGCAUGUGAAUUUUGCGGGUUACCUCACAUUCAUUAGCAUUGGGAGCAAUUUUUAUAUUACCUAAUUGAAUAUAUACAUUGUUAGUUUUAUCAAAAGGAAA